AUGCUUUUCGCCAUACAUCUUGUUACAUGUCUAGCGGCGCAGGCCGUGGCUCAAACACAGCAGCGGCCGAGCCACGUGCGGCUCUACGAGUCGUUUCUCCCCUCCAGGUUGGCGCAAUCGCUAUACGCCCAGCCGCACUACGAGAGAUUCUUCAUUGGCGGCAACAACGCCAGCGACGAGUACAUUUGUGCUGUUCCGCAGGCCGCGGAAGUGGAGGUGCUCGAGCCGCCGAAGCAAAACGACGCGGAGAUUCUCAAGGGCGCCGCCGACUUGAUCCGCCUGGCGUUUGGGCCAAACCAGUGUGUGUGGGCCUACGAGCUUCGGGGCAUGUACUGGACAUAUGCGUUCUGCCCGGGCGACAAGAUCAUCCAGUUCCACGAGGCCGUGCCGCCACGCGAGCAGCUGCCCAAGGACAGGGCCGAGGGCCGGCACAGGCCCGAGAAUCCCAGCACGGUGUUCGUGUUGGGCCGGUUUUCGCCCGCGUCCAAGGACAAGUUUCUGUUUGACAACCAGGCCUCGCCGGAGCAGUUUGAGCGCACCAUGCGCGAGGCGGUGCGGUCGUACCGGCUCGUGCAGAAGAAAGAGGCGCCGUUCGGCCACCAGCCGGCCCAGAAUGUCGUGGAGCAGUUGGUCAUGGACGGGUCUGUGUGCGACAUGACGGGCCAGCCUCGCACGGUCGAGGUGGUGUACAAGUGCCAGGUGGCGGACUGGAAGGCCCCGCAGAUCGUCAAUGUCGAAGAGGUGCGGACAUGCCACUACCGCAUGCAUUUGCACGUUCCGCUGCUCUGCAACUACGAACCGUUUGUGCCUAACAAAAACGCCCGCGACUCGCUGGUCGAAAUUCGCUGUCAGAGGGUGGGGAAAGAAGAGGGACACACGGACACUCUGGGGCUGGAAGACUUGACAGAUCGCACUUUUGACGACUACUUGAACCGCACGGUUUUGCGUUCGCAUGCGUUUCCAGUCCGUGCGGACAACAGGAUUUCGCUUGCCGAUUACCGGCUCCGGGCGCUUCUGGACGGGUUUUAUGUGGGCAGAAGAGGAAACCGUCUCCAUUCGCCGAACAGCUAUGUGAAUCGGCGCGACGUGAUGCUUUACAAUGGCGACUUUCUGGACUUGGCGAGUCUCGAGGAGAAAGUCCGUGCUGUCUUUUUGAAGAACCUCGGCAAGCGUUUCUUUGCGCCCAUGGCCCAGUUGCAGGUCAUUCUAGAAGCCAAGCACUCCUUUGUUCUCUGGUACGAACUCUACGACUUUAAGGGCCACAUGUUGGGCAUAGUUCGCGCAGAAAACGACCUGGCUAGAGCCGGCUCGCUUCGUAUCGACUUGUUUGAUGCAGAAUCUCUUGAGAGUGUCAGCUCGGGCCAAUCUAUGCCAUCUAGUUUGUGGCUGCAAGUAAGAGCGCCCAACGAGAAGUGGAAUUUCGAGUUCUUCUCCGUUUCAGAGCCACUUCCACCUGGAUUGGUGAUGGAGCAGAAACAUGAGGUUCAACUCAACUUGAUUGCGAGAAAGAAAACCAUCUUGUUCCAGAAUAUGGGGUUCUUGCCUGAUGGAAAAGUGAAACUACAUCUUCAAGACGAUGACGGUAACGAGAUUCAGGGUAAAUAUAACGAUCGUGGAGAAUAUGAGUUCGAAGUGGAGUUGGCUAAGGGCGAAACCGAAACCUUUGCUGCUACAGUAAUGCCAGACUUGGAGUAUUGGGGCUAUCCUAUCAUAUACUACGACAUGGCAGAGGUUGGAGCCAAUGGUGAACAGGGAGAAGACGAUACUGUAAAUGGCAAAACCGAUUUCGCUGAUGAAGAGCUCGACGGAGCAGGCUACAAUCACAUGUACCACCACGAAAAUUACGAGAUAAAUGUGGGAGAACCUGAAAGAGAAGUAACUGACGAGGCGAAAGAGGUCGAACAUGAUGAACUCUAG